AUGCUUGAAGGUAAAUUCGACGAAUCCACAUUAUUAAAAAAGAUUGUUGAUGCUAUUAAAGAUAGUGUCAAAUUAUGUAACUUCAAUUGUACUGAACACGGUAUCACUGUCCAAGCUGUUGAUGAUUCUCGUGUCCUUUUGGUAUCUUUAUUAGUUGGUCAAACUGCAUUUUCUGAAUAUAGAUGUGAUAGAGAUGUUACUUUAGGUAUUGAUUUAGAAAGCUUUUCCAAGAUUAUUAAAUGUGGUAAUAAUGAAGAUUAUUUAACUAUAAUGGCUGAUGAUUCUCCAGAUAGUGUAACAACUGUUUUUGAAGAUAAGAAGAAAGAUAGAAUUAGUGAAUAUACUUUAAAAUUGAUGAAUAUUGAUUCUGAAUUUUUAAAGAUUGAUGAUAUGGAAUAUGAUACUGUUGUGAAUAUGCCAAGUUCAGAAUUUGCUAAAAUUGUUCGUGAUUUAAAAAAUUUAAGUGAAUCUUUAAAUAUCGUUGUUACUAAAGAUUCUGUUAAGUUCUCUUCUGAAGGUGAAUCCGGAUCUGGAUCCGUUGUUUUAAAGCCAUACACUGAUAUGGAUAGACCUGAAGAAAGUGUGAAUGUUCAUUUGGAUAACCCAGUUGAUUUAACUUUUGGUUUGAAAUAUUUAAAUGAUAUUAUUAAAGCUACUAAUUUAUCAGGUACUAUUACUAUCAAAUUAGCUGAUAAAACUCCUGCUUUAUUCGAAUAUAAAUUGGAUGUUGGUGGUUAUUUAAGAUUCUACUUGGCUCCAAAAUUCGAUGAAGACGAAUAA